AAUUAACCAAAAAAAAAAAAAAAGGCGAAAGGCAAAUUAAACAAACCAUUUGAAGAAGUUAGGAUGAAGUAAAUAAUUAACUUAUGAGCAUUUUCAUCUUACUUUGAAUAGAAGAAAUUAUUAUUUUCAACGCAUACAAUGAAUAGUAUUAAUUAUGGCAAGGCUUUGGAAUAUUGGGCUGAUGUUCCUCCUACAGUGGAUGGAGUGCUUGGUGGUUUCGGAUUCAUAUCAGAUCUAGAUAUUAAUGGAUCGAAAAUAUUCCUUGAAUCCCUCUUUUCAUCAGAAAGUGGCCCUGGUUGCACGUUAGCGUUAGAUUGUGGUGCGGGCAUAGGAAGAAUAAGUAAGCAUUUGCUAUUAGAGCAUUUCGAAACUGUUGAUAUUGUAGAACCCGACUUAAAAUUUAUCAAUUCAAUUAGAGAAUUUGUUGGUGAAGGAAAUUCAAAGAUAUGUCAACUUUACAAUGUUAGUUUACAAGAAUUUAAACCUGAAAGAAAAUAUGAUGUAAUAUGGAAUCAAUGGGUGCUAGGGUACCUAACUGAUGGAGAUUUAGUGUCUUAUCUAAUAAGAUGCAGCAUCACAUCUCUGGACACAAAAAAUAUGCUCCAGACACUUACUGUAAACCCCUUCCAGACAUACCCAAGACACUCAAAAACAGGAUCAAUCUGGGGAAACCUGGAUAAAUCUGGUGAAACCUGGAUAGAGCCCUACAUAGGAGAUGCCCUUACUGACAAUGGAGUCAUUAUUGUUAAGGAAAAUGUAACAUCUACAGGUAAAGCAGAGAAGGAUGAAACUGAUUCUUCAAUAACGCGAUCUUUAAAACAGUUCACUAAAAUUUUUAAAAGUGCCAAUUUAAAAAGAAUUAAGCAAAGUAAGCAAACAAAUUUUCCUAGUGGCAUCUACCCAGUGUACAUGUUUGCUCUUGUACCAAUAAAAAGUAUUGCAGUAGAAGUGUAAGUCAGAAAUAAAUCAUUUUAUUAGAAAAUGUGUGUUAUUAUUAGGGCUGCCAUCGCUAAAAUGUGGCAACCAGGAUCAGAGGCGUGAUAACCCCGGAUUUUGGAGCCCAGAACCCGGAC